GUCAGGCUGAGCAUUUUAGAUUUGGCUUGGGGACACUGAGAGAAGUUUGUCUGCUUUUUUUCUUCUGUGGAUGAAAGUACGUGAGCAGACAAGAUCCCAGAGUAGUCCAGAGUGCAGCAAGUAACAUAGUGUCACUAUGAGGCUAUCGUUUAUUAAGCUGGAGAGCGUUCUCCUUCUAGGUGUGGGUUUUGCUGGACUUCUAUUUAUCAUGUAUCAAGGUGAAGAUAGAGAUGAACCACUAACUUUGAACAAAAAGGAUCAUAAGCCUGUCAUUCCAUCCCACCUUACUGUUGCUCCGACUGUGAUAAAAAAACUUGUGUGGCUCCCACAAUGCCAGGAGAACAAAACCAUGGAAAGUAUUGAAGGUUUUUUAAAUCUACCAGCACAUAUUCAGGAUUUCCUGCGGUAUAGGCAUUGCAGGAGCUUUCCCCAGAUCCUUAACUCGCCAAAGAAGUGUGGAGGUGCAGCACUGUCAAAAGACAUCUUCCUUCUACUUGCCAUAAAAUCUUCUCCAGGUAACUACGAAAGAAGAGCUGUAAUUCGUCAGACAUGGGGGGAGGAAACUAGUUAUGGUGGUGCUCAUGUGAGAAGAAUUUUUGUCUCUGGAACUUCAAAAAAUGAGCGUGAAGACAAACAUUUAAGACAACUUCAAAAAAUUGAGAGUGAAACAUAUAGGGAUAUCCUACAGUGGGACUUCCAUGACACGUUUUUUAACCUGACACUGAAACAGUUCCUAUUCCACAUGUGGCUGGAUGAAUACUGUCCAGGAGCAAACUUUAUUUUUAAUGGAGAUGAUGAUGUAUUUGUCAACACCAUUAAUGUAGUCGCCUACCUACGUGGUAAUGAAGCAGAUAGGCACCUUUUUGUAGGUCAGCUGAUAGCUAAUGUUGGACCUAUUCGUGAACCUAAUAGCAAAUAUUAUGUACCAAUACAAGUUACUGCUUCUAACGCCUACCCAAUGUACUGUGGUGGUGGAGGAAUUCUCAUGUCCAGAUAUACUGCCCAUGCCAUCCACAAUAAAUCUCAGGACAUCCAGUUGUUCCCUAUUGAUGAUGUUUAUCUAGGCAUGUGUCUUGCAAAGGCUGGCCUUGUCCCAUCCUCACACAUGGGCAUGAGGACAGUGGGGGUGCAUGUACCUUCUGCCAAACUGGAUUCAUUCAAUCCUUGUUAUUAUAGAGAACUUUUAAUGGUGCAUCGUUUUAUACCAUAUCAGAUGUUAGUCAUGUGGAAGGCAAUUCAAGAUCCUCAUCUUGACUGCGGCCAGAAAUUGUCCAUUUAUUUAGGUAUAAAAUAGCAAUGAACCAAUGUUUAUAACAUAACAAAGAGCCAUUUAAUAUACUGCUAAUAUACUCCAAUAUAUAUAGUGGAGAAACUGUACGAUAAAAGUUGUAUGUAUGUCAUAUGUUAAUUUAUUUGUUUUGUUUUUCUUAAAAAAAAAUUAAAUUAAGCUGUGUAACCUUUGAUCAUAAAUUAUACCAUUUACUCUCAUUGAACAUAGGUCAAAAGAAUAGAAUCUCUUACAUAUCUACAGUUUUAUAGGUUUGAGCGAACCUGUGGAAGUUCGGGUUCGGCCGAACUUAAGGUCAAAGUUCAAGUUCGGGACCCGAACUUCACCCCGAACCCGGACCCCAUUUAAGUCAAUGGGGCCCAGAACUUCACUUUAUUAUUUUCCGUUAUGACAUGGUUAUAACGGAAAAUAAUAGCAUUCUUAAAACAUAAUGCUAAAUAAAAUGUGUACUGAGGGGUUAAAAAAAAAAAAAAAACACACCUUAUCCACUUUAUCGCGCAAGCGGUAUCCUCUUUUCUUCAGGACGUGCAAAAGGACCUAUGAUGAGGUCACCGCGCUCACCACAUGGUGAGCGUGGUGACGUCACCGCAG